AAGGGAGCAAAGCGCGUGUCUGUCCCCAGAACCGAGGAGGCACGGGGCGGUGCUGGGCUGGGCUCGGCCGAGCCGAAGGAUCUAAGGGUGCAGUGUCGUGCACCCUGCUGGACAGGGAGCGGCACCCCCCGGAGCCUUGCAGAGAGGCAGCAACCACAGGACUAUGGAAGGGUACCCCUAAAUGGAAAGAGACUUAUAGGACUGAUCGGAGAGGAUGAAAGACAAGGAAGGCUUCUGAAGAAUCAAGAAGGAUAAUAUGAAACUCUGGUUUCUUCUGAAGUUCUGAGUCUUCCCUACCGCGGAAGUGAAUACUAAGACCCCCGAUGUGUCCAGGGACAUUCUGAAGAGGUUGAGGGGCUAAGGAGCCUUGGGGCACCCAGAAGGAGAUUCCUGAAGCCAACUCAGAGCCAGAGAAUUUGCCUGCUACUUGAGUAUCCUCCGAGUCUUCCCCACCUGAAUCUCUGUUGCUAUGGAGACCACCAAUGGGACUUGGUAUGAGAGUCUGCAUGCUGUUCUAAAGGCUCUAAAUGCCACUAUUCACAGCAACUUGCUCUGCCGGCCAGGACCAGACAACUUGACUCAGGAGCGGCAGGCCAGCCUACCCGGCCGUGAUGACAACUCCUACAUGUACAUUCUCUUUGUCAUGUUCCUGUUUGCUGCCACUGUGGGCAGCCUCAUCCUGGGAUACACCCGCUCCCGCAAAGUGGACAAGCGCAGUGACCCCUACCACGUGUACAUCAAGAACCGGGUGACUAUGAUCUGAUGCUAGGAACCCAGGAUGCUGAAGACCAAGACACCUGAAGACUGAUUGACUUCUGGGGCCUCCAGAACGCAGCCAUGGAUCCCAUCAGGCCUCAGCGUUCCUAUCUAUAAGGUCAACAAGACACAGUGCUAAGGGAUGGCACUAUUGGGCUGGGAAGAGAAAGGCAGACCUAGGCCUUGUGGGGAAAAAAGGACUUUUUUCCAGCAAAGAUAGACUUGAUAGACAGUGGGAAUCAUGAACAAAUAUAUACAAGUAGCAAAAGAUAAUAACUAACAACUGGUCUAGUGGCUGGGGUAUUAGGGUUUAGGGACUUGAGGAAGGAGAAAAGGAAGUUGUGGCAGAGGGAAAGUAAACAAGAUGUGUGGAGGACACGUGUGUGUGUGUGUGUGUGUUAUCUUCGCUGACGGUGAGAAGCUGCAGUGAUUGUCCCACGUGACAGAGACGUAUGGUGUUACUUAUUUACAUUUGUUCACAUUUGAUGGUUUUCAUGAUUUCCACCCUGGGAGGGAAGCGGAGCAAGUGCUGUUCUGCCCACUUGGGCUAGAGCUGUGCCAUGACCAGAACUUGAACUCUGGUCUCUGUGCCCAGUGCUUCUCAAGACUGCUACACAGGGUGAACCCAGGCCAAAAAGUCAGACAAUUCUGGGAGCCCUCCUUCAAAAACACUCCUGCUUAUGCACCUAUUACAAAAAUAUAUUACUAUUUGACACUUUCCCAGGGACCCUCCUAAGACCUUAAGAAGGAGCCAUGCCUGUGCAGGACUCUGAAUGCCAAGCCUCAUGAGCUCCAAGGUUCCUGUGCCUCCAGCCAGGUCACAGUGUCACGGUGUCCUUCCCAGCCACGACCCCAGCCAUGAGGUCUUCACACCUCAAAUGUAGCCUCUUCUGUUUUGACUGAGUUCUGUGAGAAAUUUUCUGAUACAAAGUUUCAAUCUGCUUCCAUAAGAUUAUCACCACACCUGGAAGUUACCAUAUUAAAAGAAGCCGAGUGUGCAAGGCAGGUACCUGGCUCUGCGGAAAGGGUACCAGUCCUGAUUCUACCACUAAUGUGAGCUGACGCUGGCUGAACACUCCCCUCUCUGACCUUCUCCCUCUGACCUUCUUUCUACCUCUUUGGCAGAGUGAAAUAGUCAGACCUAAAGUCUCUGAGAUUCUGCCAGUGCUGACAUUCCAGGCUCCGUGUACGGUAGGUUGAACCAUAUAAAAUUACUGCCUGUGAGUCAAAAACAGCUGAAUAUCGGUAUUUGCUAUGGGUCCAUCUAGUAUGUGCAGCAUGGCAGGUGGACACUUCACUAGCUCAAAUCCUAGGCUGGGGCCUCCCACUGUUCGGUUUGAUUUCUACUUAAGAAAGCUCUGUGGGGUCUUAAAAGGGCCCUAUUGAAACAUGCAUUUUUAUGUAUAGCAAAAACUCUGAAAAACUAUUUUGGUAUCAGUUAUCUUUGAGGAGAAGGAUUAUGGGUGAUGUCCCUUUCUACUUUAAAUUUUUAUGUACUUUUUAGUCUAUUUGACCAUAAGUAUGUUACCUGUAUAAUGAGAGAUGGGAGGGAGGGGCAGAGAGCUAUUUCCACUUUGAAAAAAUAAAAAUAAAUGUCCACGUAUUUCUUGAA